AUGCGCCGCGAGGGCUCUGAGAUGUUGGAUUCGAAAUCAGACAGACCUUCACCGGUAUCGGAGAAAAAACAGAACAAGACCCAGGACAAAACUAUUCUGGCACGAAACCGUAAAAGCUUGCGUUCGUAUCAACAAUCGGUUGAUACCGGUGGGGCCGGUUCAGACUCUGACGAACGUCUCGGCGGCUUGGAAGAGCCCCAUACUGCCUUUGAUGAUCCGUCAGAGAAUACUGAGAAAGAUUUUGUAUACUCGACGGACAACUACUCAGAGUACUGCAGUUCUUGCGGCACACAACGAAGCGCCACGAGCAUUGGCACACAGACGGAGGACAUCAAGGAUGAACUUUAUCUUACAAAUGCCCUUAAAAAGUGCAGUUUUGAUGGUGGAUCCAUACUCCAAUCGGUACAAGAGGAGGAGCUGCUCUCGCCUCGCAAAAAUAUGAAUGACUGGAACAAAAUGCCAAUGCCCGAUUAUGAUCUAAACACUGAAGUUGCUUCGGAUGAGGAGGCUCCUCUCAGUGCCCGCAGCCGCUAUACAGUGGCCACAAUGGCAUCAACUGCCACCAGCACCACGUCGAUAGGUUCCAAGCGCCGCGAGCACAAGCUUGGCUCACGCGACCAGUUGCGUCUUCCGCGUUACUUGGAGAAGAUGAAGCGUGAAAGCGCCGCCGCUUUGGCCAAACAGCUUGCCGAUGCACCAGAUCCGGACUGUCCACGCGGUCACAGUCUGCUCACGGAGCAGGAACGUCUAGGCCGCUUGAAUAGCGCCCAAAGCCGCUAUGACGGUCUCAUUCGUGAGGUAAAUCACAUGCCCUUCACCUCACAGAGUCUGUGGGUGCGCAGUCGAAAGGACGAAAUCAACAAAGAGCUGGACAUAGUCGAUAGGGAAAUCCGUUUCUACUCGAAGCCCAAAGUCUAUAUCGACUCCAGCAAAUCAUAUUUCAAGUAAAUCCAGAGAGCUGUGCUCGAAAAAAAAUUACCCCUGUUCAUUAACU